GACUGGCAAUCUCAGUCUUUUGCCCCCCCACUGGAUCUCUCUGAGUCUCACAGACCCUACACUCCCAAUAAUUGACAAACCCCACUUGAGCAAUUCCAAUUCCUUUAUUCAGUUUUUGGCCUUAGCCCUUCAAAACAAAAAAGCUCUCCCUUUUCUUCCCCAAAAAACCCCCUCUCCGUUUUCAAAUUUCCAUAUGAUACAAACCGAAGAGAAGACGGCAGCGACGACAACGGCGGAGACGAUGGGAGGGCGAACGGCGCGUGUAUGCGACAGCUGUUUAUGCAAAAGAGCGCGUUGGUUUUGUGCAGCUGACGACGCUUUCCUUUGCGCAACGUGUGACGUGUCAGUCCACUCGGCCAAUCAACUCGCCAGAAGACACGACAGAAUUCGCUUAGAAACGGCGUUGUUUGAUCAUCAUCUCCCUCCAUGGCUUAAAGGCUUUACUCGCAAGGCAAGAACUCCACGCCCCAAAAUUUCUUCAACAAAAGCCUCGGUUUUUUCCCUUGUUCCUGAAAUUGGUAACGAUAAUGAAGGAUUCUCAAUUGACGAAAACGAAGACGAACACAACCAAUUUCUUAACCUUCAUCAACAGGAAGUUCCUGUUUUUGACCCAUUAUUUGAUGACCGAAAAUUCUUGUUAACUCAUGAAUUGGAGGAUUUUGGAGAUGGGUUUUUGCCAUCCGAAGUUGAUCUUGCAGAAUUUGUUGCGGAUGUGGAGAAUUUAUUGGGAAGACAAGAAGAAGAAGAAGAGGGACGUGAAGAAAAUACAAUUAUUUUUAAGGUGAAAGAUGAAGCAUUAGUACAAGACUGUAUCAACAACAACAACAAUAAUAAUGGAUUUUUGGUGGAUUGGAAUUUUAAAGGGGAAGAAAUUGAAGAGGAUGAGAUGAAUAAAGUUGAGGAAAAAUUGGAAAUUAAGAAGAAUAACAAGAAGAAUAUUUGUUUAAGGCUAAAUUAUGAUGCGGUUAUUACAGCUUGGGAUGACCAAUCUUCACCAUACACUACUGGGAAUCGCCCUGAAUUCGACCUCGAUGAUUGCUGGGAGGAAUGGAAUGGAUGGGGUUUAAAUGAAAGUAAUGGAGGAAAAUGGGGAGGAAGAGAUCAAGAAUGGAAAUACAAACAUGGAGAAAGAGAAGCAAGAGUGUCAAGAUAUAGAGAGAAGAGAAGAACAAGAUUGUUUUCGAAGAAAAUAAGGUACCAAGUUAGGAAGCUCAAUGCCGAGAAGAGACCAAGAAUGAAAGGUCGGUUUGUCAAGAGAACAACACAACCAUUAACCCUUUAUUAAUUAAUCCCAUCAUUUGAUCUACCCUACAAUAUUAUAAUUUUAUAAAAGAACAAAAAACAAAAAAACCCAUCUUAUAAUUUUCCUUAGUUAUUAGUAUUAAUUAGUGUCCUUUUUCUUUUUUCAUAUAUAUAUAUAUAUAUUAUCCAUCUCUCGAAGCUUCGUUGCUUCGGUUGCUGCAAAAUUUUUGGAAGCUUUAGUUUUUAGGAAAUAAUAAUAAUAAUAUAUGUGUAUACAGAACUUGCAGUUAAUGAAAGGUCAAAAUCAGCUCUUUUUUUGUGUCUAGAAGUGAGGGAGUGACAAUAUUAACGUCCUCCUUCUACAAAAAUGUGUGUACUACUUUGAUAUUAUUGAAUAUGAUCCUUUAGGUUAAUUUCA